ACUACACUUUAAAAGAGACUCAAGAAAUCACUAUUCCUAAAAGAACUUCAAAUCUGGGUCGUCUAUUCCACUCUCUCUCCAUUUUCACUCUUUAAUCUUGGCCACUCACUUGUGAGACUUUUUUUGCCUCUAUUCUACUCGGGGUUCUCUGUAUGGUUGGCGUCACAUAGCGCGUUGAUGGAGUAUGGGAUGAAGGUCAUAAUUGUUUCCCUGCUAAGCGUUCGUGAGUUAUCAUCAUGCCUGCAGGUCCUGUCCCUGUUGCGUGUUUAAGGAGGAAUUCAAAAUUUUAGGUUUUCCUGUUCGACCAGGAUUUGGGGUAAAAUUCGUCAUUCUGACCUAAGUUUCUUUAAGCCAUUGUGAGGUAGGUGAUGAAUCGAAGGAGGAAAAUAGAACUGUUGAGGAAGGUUUUGGAUUUGUUCAGAAUGUGUUGUCUGAAGGAGGAGAAUAGAUUUGUAUCAGAAGCCAUGUCAGGUUAGUAACAGAGGUUUGGUAUGCAUAGUUGUCAAGCAGGCUUGCUUCUGAAACGUAAUUGAAUUUAAUUGUAUUUUUGAAAUGCUUCUCACUUUCACUUGUCUAUAAAUAUUGGCAUCUUGUGUUCAUUUUUGUGUUCUUGGUCAGAGCAAUUUUUCUUUACUUAUCUCCUCUUUCGUUUAGACAAUUGUUGGUUGUUGUUAAUUAUGGCUUUUACUGCUGGCCCUUUCCAUCCCCUUCGUAGCUUAUGCAAAGGGCAAGAUACAUGGAAAGUUAAGGUUCGCGUUCUUUGAUUGUGGGAAAUGUUUCCUGUUGAUGAACCUGGCAAAGCAUAUGCUAUUAAUCUUGUCUUGAUCGAUUCACAGGGUGUCAAAAUUGAGGCUUGUAUUAAGAAGAACUAUCUCAGUAAGUUCAGGAGUGAAUUCUCAGAGGGUGGUGUGGUGUAACUUAUUUUGGUGUUUCUGAAAACUCCGGCGCAUUUCGUGCAUCAGAUCAUGAGUUCAAGAUUUUCUUCAAUUUGAGGACACGGGUUGUGCCUGAAUCUUCAGAUGUUAUUCCAACGAUUGGGUUAUCCUUGAAAAACUCUGCUGACAUUGAAGCUACUCUUGGAGAAUCAGAUUUUCUCAUAGGUAAAUAGAGUUUCCAGUUCCUCUAUACUUCUCAUUCCAAAUAUAUAUUUGAUGUGCAGGUAUGAAGACAUUCUUCUAUCCUUGUGGAACAUUUUCAAAGAAUGCUACUGUUGCAAAAAUCAGACCCAUAUGCAUCUGCCUUGAAUGAGGCAACACCAGGAAGUGUUAAGUCAGUUUUCAAAGCUUGGGACGACCGUUUGAAUUCUUCUGGGGAUCACUUGGAAACCAAGGGUGUAACGGUGGCCCAAAGCCCAAACACUGGCAGACUUAGCGCUCUGGCCAAUAAGCCAAAGCUAUUCAGUGGCUUAAAGUUUUACUUUUCGAGUGAUUAUGUGACGAGUUAUAAGGAAGAUCUUGAAGAUUUAGUUGACGUGGGAAGAGGUGCAGUUUUGAGAAGCAAGGAUAAAUUGGAAGCUAAAAGACAUGAAUUUGAAGUGGCUUCAAAUUUGUUGAUUGUUUACAAUCUUGAUCCGCCACAAGGAAAAAAAUUGUGGGGGAUGAAGUUUCAACUCUUUGGCAGAGACUAAAUGCGGCAGAAGAUCUAGCUGCCAAUACUGGUUCCCAAGUCAUUGGUCACGCAUGGAUUCUGGAGUCAAUUGCUGCGUGUAAGUUGUAGCCUUUUGUUAGCUAAAACGCAUUCUGUAGCAGAUAUUUUUUCCCUCUGUUGAUAGGGUCUUUAUUCUGCAAAAGAUUUGAUCACUUAUGUACAGAAUGUCAAUUGAAUUUAUAUCUUAUGUAAGCUAUGAUAUUGAGGGAUGCUAGCAAUAUGUUUGACCGUUGGUUAUUUAGUGAAAUGUAUUUGUGAUUUACUAAAAAAAAAAACAAGAUCACUUGGAAAGCAAUGAGGGUGAUCUUAAGUUACUUGCAUUCAUUCCGUAAGUUUCUAUGCCCUACACUCAUCUUGUGUUGUUAUAUACACAUGCUAAGAUGGCAUGUUUGGAAUAUAGUGGGUGGAUAUAGUUGUCAAUUUAGU